AUGAAAUCUGUUUUAUCUGCUAAUGCUGGAGCAACGACAGUUGAUGUUAUGGUCAAGCAAUAUGACGUGAUUAAAUGGGGUGAGAAUAACGAACUUGAAGUCAGAGAAACGCCUGGACACACAAAUGGCGAUGCCCUUUUAAUUAGAGGAUGUGGAAGAACAGAUUUUCAACAAGGCGAUCCUCAUACACUUUACAAUUCGGUGCAUAAACAAAUUUUAAGUCUUCCUUCUGAUUACUUAUUGUUCCCUGCUCAUGAUUAUACGGGUAGAAUGGUCACCACUGUUUGGGAAGAGAAAAAAUUCAAUCCAAGGCUAAGCAAAUCUGAGGACGAAUUUGUACAGAUUAUGAAUUCAUUAAAUUUGCCUUAUCCAAAACAAAUAGGUUUUUUUUAUUAA